AUGGCGGCGACGUUGGCAUUGGGAAAGAAGUCUUGGGUACUGCCUGCUGCACCCAGCCCAAUGUGUAUCUGCGUGCUGGAAGAAUGGUGCCAGGCCGCGCAUCCUGAAUUGCACUGGGAGCUUCACCCUUCACUGGGCGGUGCAACAAGCUCCACCAUUCCACAUGUGGACGAGCAAGAUGCUUAUUGUCAGAUGUGCAAGGGGCAGCUUGGGAGUGUGCUGCAGCAGCGCCUGGGUCGACCAAUCAUCCCGGGUGAUAUUGAGUAUGUCUCUCGACCAACGGGGUCCGAGUGGAUUUGUACCAUUUAUUUGCACUGUGUAUUAUUUGCCGAAAGCUCUCCGAAGGUCUGCUUCGAAGGUCGGCCUGCAGGCACCAGGAAGGAGGCUGAAGAGAGCGCAGCUCGCGAAGCGCUUGUAAAGCUUCACACGACAGAUGCACAGCUGCAAGUCGCUGACAAGCAGCUGGACGGCACCAGUGAGCUGUGCAAGUUGCUGCAGAAGCUGUUGGGCAGGCCGCUGCACAGCGAGGAUUUCGUGUGGACCUACGAAUUGAAGGAGGAAGGGUUCGUCGCUUCCCUUGAGGUCCCGGCAUGCUCCCUAGCAGCAACCAAAGGUGGGGCGCGCAAGACCAAAAAGGAAGCGAACCAGAGUGCGGCACAGUCAGCUUUGAACUUCCUGCGUGAUCGCUGCCAGAAUCGAGACCUCAGCCAGGCACCACAUUCACAAAGCAAGCCUGCCCCCAAUUUUCGGGCUAGAGAUAACAAAAGCGAGCUUUGCCGGAUAAUGCAGAGGAUGUUAGACAGAGCGCUGACACCGGAGGAUUUGCGAUGGAGCUUCUCAGUGAGGCAGAACCUUUGGGUCGCCAGCGUGGCUGCUCCAGCAUGCGGGCUUCAUUCUACAGAAGGUGUUGGCUGCCUCACGAAGAAAGCAGCUGCGCAAAGCGCAGCUGGAAAGGCUUUGAGGUCAUUGUGCCAGCUGCCACCUGGGCCGUUAUCGGCUGUGAGGAGCCAGGAGAAGACUGAUACCUCUUCCAUGUGUCGGGCAUAUUUCUUUGAGGUGAGCGUGACCUGCGACCAGCAGCUUCUUGCACAUGUACGUGGUCCGGUAUUUGAGGAUAAGCGUUUGGCCAAGCAAGCGGCUGCAUGGCAAGCAUGUCGAGCCCUCGUCCAGGCAGGAGUGAAAUCGCCGGAGACGGAUGCCAGUGCUCGCAGAGAUGCUUCCCGUCCCCAGGUUCCGUGGCGGUGCGAUCUUCGCGAGCUCCACGGCACUGCCUGCCCUCCCACGAUCAGCACUCGAGCCACAAGCAGUUCCGACACUGAGGCUCCCACAACUCCGAGCGCCUCCAUGCCAAAAGAGAGCGCAGGGUGCCGGACCUACUACGGAGAGAUCGUGGAAGCUCUCAAGAACCAGAAGUUUCCGAAAGACGUUGCUUGCACACCUCAGCCAGUUGAGCCGUUGGAUCCGAGGCAUGAGAUUGUUGUUCUAUAG